UGUGUAAAUUAAAAAAAUUAUAUUUUUAUCGCAUAAUUCUUCCGGUAAGCAUUGGCGACUUUGUGAUUCAACAAUUUCGAGUGUGCCUACGCUUCACCUGGUCGCGGCGCGCGCUCUUGCUUAAAUUCCGUGGCAGGCGUCCUUAUAAUACAUAUUUUUAUUCUACAGAGCUAGUAUUUAAGAGGCCGAACACCGAUCGCAUUGGAAUGUACAUAAAAUCAGUUAUAAUUGAUGGGUUUAAGUCCUAUGGACGGCGCACAGAAAUCCAUGGCUUUGACAGCGAGUUCACUGCCAUUACUGGCUUGAACGGCACAGGCAAGUCGAACAUUUUGGAUUCAAUAUGCUUCGUGCUUGGUAUAAUGAAUCUGGGACAGGUGCGAGCCGCAUCUCUUCAAGAUCUUGUGUACAAAAGCGGUCAAGCUGGCGUCACAAAAGCAACCGUUACACUAAUUUUCGACAAUUCAGAUCCAAAUCAGUGCCCUUUGGGCUAUGAGAAAUGCCGAGAAAUCUCUGUUACUCGGCAGAUUGUUGUUGGUGGCAAAAAUAAGUACCUUAUAAAUGGCAAACUGGUGCAGAACAAGAAGGUCUCCGACUUUUUCUGCUCAGUGCAGUUGAAUGUUAACAAUCCCAACUUUUAUUUAUCGAUGAUUGAGGAGGCCGCAGGCACUAGCAUGUAUGAAACCAAACGCGAAGCGACUACAAAACUGAUUGAAAAGAAGGAUGCAAAAGUACGUGAAACAAAUACUUUGUUGCAGGAAGAAGUUGAACCGAAGUUAGAAAAGUUGCGUCAGGAGCGUUCAGCUUAUCUGGAAUAUCAAAAAAUAUGUCGCGACAUUGAAUAUUUGACGCGCAUACACAUAUCAUUUCGUUAUCUUAAGCAAAAAGAAGCACUCGGUUCCAUUGAGCAACACAUUGAAAAGCUAACAAACCGUGUGGAAACUUGCAAAACCACAAUUAAAGAUAACAACAGUGAAACAGAACAGAUUGAGGAAUCUGCAAAGCAAGUACAGACGCAAAUCGAUUCCGACAGCGGUGGUGCACUGAAAGAAGUUGAAGAACAACUCACCAAGCAAGUGGUGGAGGAAGGAAAAAUGGCGGGUAACUUGAAAUCGGCGCAAACUAGUAUAGAUCAAGAGCAGAAGAAGCUACGUGCAUUGGAGAAAAAUAUUUUAGAAGACGAAAAAGCGCUGAAGCAGAAGGAAGCACAAAUGUCUAAAGUACAUGAUCUGUUUCAGAGCCUUAAAGAUGCGGAUGAACGUGAUUCGCAGGCGUAUGAUGCGGCACAGAAAAAGUUCGAGGCGGUUACGCAAGGCUUAUCGGUGGACGAAGAGGGCCAAUCGUGUUCUUUGCAGGACCAGCUCAUUAAUGCGAAACAACAACUAAGCCAAGCCGAGACGACACUUAAAACUUCAAGCAUGGAGUUGUCGCACUGCAGAAAUGUUUUGAAGCAGCGUGCGAAUGAUAAACAAUCCAAGGACUCGCUCUAUGCUAAGGAUCAACAAUUAAGCGAACAACUUGAAAGGGAAAUAAAUGGUCUUAGCCAAAAAAUGGCUGCCAUCGAUUACGAGGAUGGCAGCUUUGAAGCGCUGCAGGAAAGAAAAAAUGUGCUACAGCAUGAAAUACGUGACUUAAAUCAUCAGCUGGACCGACGAAAUGCCUAUCGCUAUGAAUUACAAUAUCGCGACCCCGAACCAAAUUUCGAUCGUUCCAAGAUGCGUGGCAUGGUUGGCAAACUAUUCAAUGUGCGCGAUGAAAAGAAUAAUCUCGCUCUAAUGAUGACUGCCGGUGGCAGCUUGUACAGCUAUGUAGCUGAUGACGAUAUAACCAGCAAGAAAAUACUGCAAAAGGGUCAGUUGCAACAUCGUGUAACCAUCAUACCCAUUAAUAAAAUCACUUCGCAUCCGAUCGAUCAGAGUGUAAUUGAUUUCGCACAGAGCUUGGUAGGAAAAGAAAAUGUGCAAUCCGCGUUGUCCUUAAUCGAAUACGAUCGUUGCUUCGAUCCUGUAAUGAAAUUUGUUUUUGGCCACACAUUGGUGUGUCGCGAUUUGAAUGUCGCUAAAAAGGUCACUUAUCAUCGUAACAUACAUUCACGUUCUGUAACAUUAGAAGGAGACGUAGUGGACCCUCAAGGUACGCUUUCGGGUGGUUCACGUCCCAAAGGCAGCAAUGUUUUAGCCGAUUUGGCGGAAAUUAAGAGAUUAGAAAAAGAAAUUGCAGCACGCAAAAAGGAGUUGCAUAAUAUUGAGCAAAAAUUGCGUAUCACAACAGAGGCCGCACGCAACUUCAAUCGCAUCAAGGAGCAAUUGGAGUUGCGACAACAUGAAUUGAAUGCCUGCCAGCAGCGCUUGGCCCAAAGUACCUUUCAACAGCAUCAAGAGGAAAUAAAGGGGUUGCAACAUCAAAUAGAAACACUUGAAAGCGAUCUCGCUAAAGCACGCGAAACGCAGAAGACCGCACGUAAUAAAAUUAAAGAUAUCGAAGAAAAGCUUGCAGACGCCAAGGGCUUUCGCGAACGUGAGCUCAAAGCGGCAGCAGAAGCAAUGAAACAGGCCAAAAAGAAGUCCGAAGAGUCGCGUAACAACUGGAAAAAGCGCGAGCAAGAAUUCGAAACCUUGCAGUUGGAAAUAGAUGAGUUGAAUAAGAGUAUUAAAAAGACGACAGAGCAACGUGACGGCAUGAAGGAAAGCAUAAGCAACAUGAAAACAAAUCUCGAUGAACUCCGGGAAAGCAGCUCUAGCGUUAGUGCGCUUGUAGCCAAUCUAAAGGAGCGUAUCAAGGAGCAUAAGGAUAAAAUCAAUUCUCAAAAUAGGGAGUUGAAGAACUUGUUGGUGAAAAAAGAGAAAUUGGCUAAAGUAAAUCAGGAAAUGACUUUGGAAAUUAAGAAAAAGGAAAAUGAAAUCAACAAAGUGCGCAACGAUAGUAAGGAUUCGUUCCGCAAAAUCGAGUCGCUGGAGGAAAAGUACCCCUGGAUUUUAGAGGAUCGCGACUUUUUCGGCACAAAGAAUACUCGUUAUGACUACUCGAAAGAGGAUCCCAUUGAGGCGGGCCACAAAUUGACGCUAAUGCGUGAGCAAAAGGACAAAAUGGAACGGCACAUAAAUUUGCGAGCCAUGAUACUGCUGGAUCGCGAAGAGGAGCAAUAUCAGGAGACCAUGCGCCGUAAGAAGAUCGUUGAGCAGGACAAAGAAAAGAUAAAACACAUUAUUUGUAAAAUGGAUGAAAAGAAGCGUGAAAAGGUGGAGAAAGCAUGGAAGGUUGUCGAUGAGAAUUUCAGCAGCAUUUUUAGCACAUUGCUACAGGGUGCACAGGCACGUCUAAAUCCCUUCAAGCAAUCGGGACAACUCGUUGGUUUGGAGAUAAAUGUGGGUUUUAAUGGCGUGUGGAAAGAAUCGCUUAGCGAACUUUCUGGCGGCCAACGUUCAUUGGUGGCUCUUUCGCUUGUCUUGGCUAUGCUUAAAUUCUCACCUGCGCCACUAUAUAUACUCGACGAAGUUGAUGCAGCUUUGGAUAUGUCGCAUACACAAAAUAUUGGCAACAUGUUGAAAGCACAUUUCACGGGCUCCCAGUUUAUAAUCGUUUCACUGAAGGAUGGCAUGUUCAACAACGCAAAUGUUUUGUUCCGCACCAAGUUCGAAGAAGGCGUCUCGGCGGUAACGCGUACAGUAAAUGCAAAGAUGGCGGCACGAGGACGCAGAUAAGAUGGCAGUAAGCAGAAGCACAAUUUUUGUAUUAUUUUUAAAACAUAACUUAGAAUCUUAACGAAUCACAUACAUUCUAAAGAAAGAAAAAUAAAACACUUUGCGAAUUGA